GAACCAUAUAUUUGACUGAUUGUUGAGCCGUUAAGUGCGCAAAAUGGAGGAGGACGCCCCAGCCGAAAAGAAAGAUGCUCCGCCACCGGAAAAGACCCGUCGAGUCGACUUGUACGUGGACAGCGACAAGGAGGACGAGAAAGAUAUGACCGUUCCAAGUGUGACCCCAACCUCCAGGGCAAACAGCAUAGCGAGGGAGUCCGUUAUGCGGAAGAGUCGGCAGCGGAGCAUGAGGGCGUUCUUCAGGGAGCGGCCAACCAAGUCACUCACCGACGUCAACCUACAGAUUAAAACGGGCGCUUCACUAAUACCCGACCUGAACCUGGUCAUUAAUCGGAUGCGCAGCAUGAAGGACGACAGCUUUGUCUACCUGGACUAUAUGCUGCCCAAGGAUAGCGAAUUCUUCACCCCGUACAGCCUGCGCGAGGUUGAGUAUUGCAAUUUGAACAUCUAUAAGCCCUACUAUACAGUAACGCGGCAUGGCGUUACCUAUUGGCGCGUCUCCGAGAACUUCUUCACGCCGCUCAACCAAUGGCAACAGGAGUUCCAGCAGUUCCUGAGCAUCAUCCAAAUACGCACCUUCUCCAUCUUCCGCUUGUGGAAGGGCUUCAAAGUGUGGGAGAAGACAAUAAAGUGGCGCAAAUUGAACUACGCCCGCAACCACUUGCAGAAUAAUCUAUUUAUCGUCAUUCCCCAACUGGCCAAGGCUGUUCUUCGCAUGCGAGCCGAUCUUGUUGUCCUGGACCGUCUCAGCUUUGUCAAUACGGAAAUUAUCGAGGAAUGGCAUCCCUUCUACUUUCUGGAGCUCCACAUGCGCAUCUACGAGCAGCUCAACCUCCUCUUCCACGAAUUUCGAGGCUUUGCGGGCAAAGCUAUAUAUCGUUCAUGCACUGAGGCCAUUAUGGCGCGCGGCUUCUAUCCCGAUGAUGAGAUCAAUUACUAUCCAUCUGUCAAGAAAAUGCGAGAGGCACACAGCUUUAUGGAUAGAGCCCGGAAGCGUGCGUUUUGCAAGACCUUAACCAACUUUCUCACCUACUGCGACAUGAUGUUGUAUCAAGCGCUGUAUCGUGUAACCAUUCAGAGCUAUGCGGACCUGCAUACCGCUUUUGAUGAACACAACAAAGUGGCGCCAACAGAAGAAGAAAUAAUCAGUCACGAUCGUCUUGACAUGACAGUCGAAAAACCGCGUCCACCUGAGGCACCACAAGCUCCAUUUUUCUUAGCACAGCUGCGUCUUCUGCCCGAUCGCAUUGAGGUGGAGCCCUUGGAGGAUGUCUUAAAGCUGAUCUUUCAGCGCAUUACGGGCUUGAUCUUGGAGAGUGUCCUAGACAUCCCGCCCUUUACCACAGACCCGGAAUUCACCCAAUAUACAGCGCCUUCCAUCAUGGGCCGUCAGGAGGAAUGUCUGUAUCAGUCAGCGCCGGAAUUGACCUUCCUGUUAAAGCAAGAUGAGGAAUUCACUUUCAAUCGCAAAGAUAUAUUUGUACUGAUUCACGAGGCAUACGAGAUGGCUCACCUUUAUACGUCACGCUUUCAUACAAUACGGGAGAACUAUGAGAUAGAUGCCACCACUGACCCGGAAGAGCUUAGCAACGAAAGAG